GGCGCACACUUCAAAUAAAAACCAAAGAAGAAGCCGGCUUCUGUUCAGUUUCGUACUUUUAGUUUUCCUGACGAAGCUGAGCUAGCUACAUUAGUAUUAUGAUUACGUAUUUUAUUGCAUAAUCUGUCUGAUGGCCAGUGAUGGCGAUUUCGGGGCCGGUAUGAGCAGGAGUAGGGUAGGCUGGCUGGCAGGUGAGCCUGACACGCCAAACACCCUGGAUCAGACCAGUACUUUGGGCAAGAGAAACCUACUCUUUGACCAAUCCGGAUACGAAGGCAAUUGCAGCUCACCCAAUAUCAUCGUUCCGGAAACGCCCAGUCCGGAAUACUGCCGGUGGAAACGGCGUAAGAUCACGGAGCAGCGGGGAAACGGUGGAAAAUUCUGUGAGCGGGAAGCGGCCUCUGGGCGGACAGGAAGUGAGGUCGCCGGCGCAGCCCUGCCUCGCCAUCAGCCAAAACGACGGAAGCUGCACCUGCCGGUCCCCGAGGAGAUGGGCGGCUUCGCUCCGGCCUCCUCUCUGAUGCCAACGGAUUCCUCCUCCUCUUCUUCCUCCUCCUCCUGCUCCCACGUCGCUUCUGGGAGAAGCGCGCCAAGUCUCGCCGAACCGGUCGCGCGCGGGAAGAAAUCCAGGAAGGCUCGUCCGUCCGAGCUCUCGGACAAAAUCUCCAGACAUGCCGGGAUUAACAAGGACACAACGGCCCGGUUACAGUUCAGCAGUGCGGAGGGCACAAGCUCACUCCGGUUCCAUCAGGACUACCGCCCUACCAGCGCGGAGUUGGAGGAGGAGGAGGAGCAAAUCGUGAUCAGCGAUGAAGACGAUGACGGCACGGAGGCCGUGGUGCGGGCCGCUCAGGUGGAGGAAGACGAGGCUUUCGCUCGAAGUCUGCAGGCUCAGUUCGACAGAGAGGAGGUGGACCGGAGCGGACCGCAGGCCGGGCCUGCCAACAGCCCCGCCCGCUCCAGCUCACAUCCGUCGCGGUGCGAUUACGGUGGAGGCUGGAGCUGGAUGUCCUCUCUGUCAGCCGUGAUGGACCCCGCGGCCUCCAUCCUGAGCAGCUUUCCACAUGCAGCGGAGGUUUCAGGCAGGUCCGGUCGACCCGGCAGCCACGCCCGAACGCCCCCCCGCUCCCGCCGUCGUCCCCGUCGUCAGGCCCUCUCCCAGCUCGACGACAGCCUGGGAAACAACUACGAGGCGCUCCUGGCUUUCGAGGAGAGGCAGGGCCCGGCCGUCGCCAAGAACCUCCUGAGCCAGAGAGAGAUCCAGCGGCUCCCCACCAAGGCCUUCAACCCAGCCUACAGCGCCGGGAAGAACGAGUGUCAGAUCUGCUUCUCAACCUACACUGAAGGAGAUGAGCUGAGGAUGCUGCCCUGUCUCCAUGACUACCACGUGCAGUGCAUCGACCGCUGGUUAAAGGAAAGCUCCACCUGUCCUAUCUGCAGAGGCGAUGUGUCCGACGGUGGCAGUCUGAAGGAGACGUUCUGACCUCACAGUGGCUCUCGUCCGUGUCACAGUGCGUGCGUCACUGUGACACGUGCGUCAUGUGACACG